UUCGGUUGAAGGCUUGUUCUGCCCACUUUGAUCUUCUUUAUACCUUUCCUUCCACUCAUCUAAAUUCUGAAUCACGAUGGCAGCCAAAACCCCCAUUUUCACCGCCCAAGCCCCCGCACCGUUCCCGAUCUUCUCGCAGGCGAUCGUCCACAAAGACACAGUCUACUGCUCUGGCAUGAUCGGACUGGAUGCAAAAUCCAACACUCUGGUGACUGGCGGAGUGGAAGAACAGACAGAGCAAUUACUGCGCAAUCUGGAUCUGGUCCUCCAGGCAGCCGAAUCCGGGCUGCAGAACAUCCUCAAGAUGACCGUCUACAUCACCACCAUGGACGACUUUGCUGCGAUGAACCGUGUUUAUGCACGACACUUCUCUGUACACAUGCCGGCGCGGACUUGCGUGGCGGUGAAGGAGUUGCCCCUGGGAGCGCUGGUGGAGAUGGAGUGUAUUGCGUACAAAUAGCUGACUUCUUUUCUUUUAUGGCAAAUGAUGAUGUGGAUUUACCAAGGACUAUGUAGAAAUUGUAUACUCUGGGAUGACGGAUGGCGAUUACCGAAGCCGAGGCGGG